AUGCCUUGUGUCCGCGACAUUGUCUCCCAAAAGGAUAUUGAGAGAUACGUCAUGGAUCUCUCCGCUCGGCCGAGCGACUACCUCGCUCGGCUGCGACUCCUCCGUUUGUUCGGCUCCGAACCCCAUCACUCCCUACAAGCACUCGCUAAGAAGUACAACCCUGUCAUACUCCUCCACUUAGGUAAGACCCUCGAUCGUUAUCGUCAUCUCCUCGCCAGCGACCUCUCCUUCGCGUCCCGCUCGAACUCGAGCAUCGCCGAUCGAUUCUUCUACCACUCGCAGGAGGUUGGCUUCGGUAAGUACGGCGAGCCGUGGCGCCAGAUGAGGCGCAUCGCCAUGCUCCACCUCCUCAGCCAGAGGCAGGCGCUCGCCUUCCGCAAGGUCCGCGAGUUGGAGGGGGCUGUUGUCCUCAUCGCCAAGAUCUGCGUUGCCGCUGGCCUAGUGAACCUAAGCGACAUGAUCAUUGACUUCACGAGCAUCCUCAUCUACAGGCGCUCAGCUAUAUUAGUCAACUCUGCCAUAUUGUACAAUAACAGAGUAUGA